CCUGGUCAGGGCUGGGCGACUUCCGGCAAUAAACCCUGUGGUGGCGGCGUUAGGGGCCCUGAGGCGGUGGAGCUCCAGGUGGGACGGGCGUUCUCGGCCCCAGGUUGGCGCCCCAGGAGAACUAUGCCGUUUUUGGGUCAGGACUGGAGGUCUCCUGGAUGGAGUUGGAUUAAAACAGAAGAUGGCUGGAGAAGAUACGAAUCUUGGAGUCAGGAACUUGAGAGAGAGCAUGACCACUGUAGCAUCAAUCACAGCAUUAUCUUAAAUAGUGAAGAUGAAGAAAUAUUCAAUAAUGAAGAGCAGGAAUAUGCAUCUAAAAAAAGGAAAAAGGACCAUUUUAGAAAUGACAGAAAUACUCAAUGUUUUUAUCGUGAAAAAUGGAUCUAUGUCCAUAAAGAAAGCACAAGAGAAAGGCACAGCUAUUGUACCUUGGGAGAGGCCUUUAACCGCUUAGACUUCUCCAGUGCAAUUCAGGAUAUCCGAAGGUUCAAUUAUGUGGUCAGACUGUUGCAGCUAAUUGCAAAAUCCCAGUUAACAUCAUUGAGUGGUGUCGCACAAAAGAAUUACUUCAACAUUUUGGAUAAAAUCGUUCAGAAGGUUCUUGAUGACCACCAAAAUCCUCGCCUAAUCAAAAAUCUUCUCCAAGACCUGAGCUCUACCCUGUGCAUUCUGAUUAGAGGAGAAGGGAAGUCCGUAUUGGUGGGAAAUAUAAAUAUCUGGAUUUGCCGACUAGAAACUAUUCUCACCUGGCAACAGCAGUUACAGAAUCUUCAGAUGACCAAGCACGUGGACAGCGGCCUCACGCUCAGCGACCUUCCUCUGCACGUGCUGAGCAACAUCCUGCACAGACUCUCGGACGGGUGGGACGUCGUCACUCUGGGCCAGGUGACCCCAGCGCUGUCCGCGCUCAGCGAAGACAGGCAGCUGUGGAGGAAGCUGUGCCUGUACCACUUUGCCGACAAGCAGUUUUGUAGACACUUGGUCCUUUCAGAAGAAGGUCACGUCGAGUGGAAGUUGACGUACUUUGCCCUGCAGAAGUAUUACCCAACCAGGGAGCAGUAUGGGGACACUCUGCAUUUCUGUCGGCACUGCAGCAUCCUCUUUUGGAAGGACUGCCGCCUCGCUUUGUUAUUCAAGGACUCAGGACACCCCUGCACGGCUGCCAACCCUGACAGCUGCUUCAUGCCUGUGUCUCCACAGCACUUCAUCGAUCUCUUCAAGUUUUAAAGGACCCUCACCCUACUGCGUCGCUGUCAAAGGUGGUACACUGUGUGUUUGUGCAAUAGCUGGUAGUGUUUUUUUUGUGACUAUACGUGAUGACUGGGAUGGUGACUGGAGGCCUCCUGGGAGGCCUGCGUUCGCUGGAAAGAACUAGAAGGGACAUAAAGGCUUUUCUUGGCGUAGGAAUGCACUGUUGCAUAUUUUCAUUUUUGAAAGGGGGUCAGGGAACCCAAGCAAAAUCAUUUCUACUUACUUCUUUAAGAAAUUCCUUUCUUCUAAGCAUAUAAAAUUUGCAACUUUGCAUAUUUCUAAAUGUGGUUCAGAAAAGAUUCUGGAUUUUCAGCACCACAUUCUGUGCUCAACUGACACUAACAGCCAAUAAUAUGCUUCUCAAUUGUCAAAUGAUAGUUUCUUGAUUUUGUAGUAAUUGGGGCUGGGGACAGAACAAUUGAUCCUUGUAAAUACAUUGUGCAGAAUAUUUAUUUUUCUUAACAUGUAUUUUAACUGCAUCCGUUGUGUCCAGAUGAAUCCUCUUUGAAUGCAAAAUGAACCUAGGGAAAUAUCUGCAUCUCCAAUCUGGUGUCUAGCAAUUGGGUUGUAAAUUGUGCAAAACGUUUGUGACCAACAGAGGUGUUUGUUAGUGGUGUGGCUGCGGUCCUGGGGGCUCGAGGACACUGGCGGGCAGGGAGCCCUGCUCUGCCAGGCCUGUUCUCACCUGAGCUGUGGGGGGACCAGACAACCAUGGAGCAUUUGCCACGACCAAGUCAGGGCCAGCCCCUGUGGCCUGAACUCGACUGUACUGAAACUACUUUUAUAGACAAUAAACCAUGUUUAUUUGCUGAUUUAA